UAUAAAUCUCAGGGCUGUGGAGCAUGCUCUUUGAUGAAUCAGUCUAAAUGAAUCACUAUCAAUACUCUCUGCUGACAGCGGACGCCAUCAUGUGGAUGUUGCUUGCUCAAAACCCUGCUCUUGUUUCUAGGUCCAAUCCCAAUCUUUGGACUGCUGGAUCUGCAGAUUUCAUCAUGCAUUCCCACAAAGUGUGCUUUAGUUUAGGACUGUCCCACUGUCGAAUCCUCAUGAGGCUCUGAUAUGGUCUCAUCCACACCUCACUGAGCUCUAACCUUUAGUCCACCUCUCAUGAGAGACUGGUCCGGUCCUGGACUGGAUGUGAACAACACGAGUGUGGAAAGUUUAAGGAUGAAUGAAGUUAUAUAAAAGAAGGGAACAAGAACAGAGGAGGAAGGAGGAAGUGAAGUUUCUGAGUUAUUACCUAAUGGUGAGAUGUUUGAUCACAGGUCAAGUCUGAUGUCCUGAUAACGUCCCUUUGACUCACGCCCUGCUCGUCUGCUGUCAGCUCAGUCUGAGGCCUUGAGGUGAUAAGCAGCAUCAUGUGACCUCUCUCUGUUCAGCUGUGGGAGACCUGACGAUGACAAAGCUCUCUCAGGUCCCUCGAAGAUGCUGUGUGAUGAAACUUUUUGUUACAAGGAAAUCUGUGAGAGAUGAAAAGUUAGGAUGGGUUAUGAUCUGCUCACUGCAGAGUUAUGACAUUCCCUCUCUGAUAUCUGCUGAAAACAUCUUUAACUCUGAAUCAAACUCAGAUGAUCAGAUUAACAGAAGCUGAACCGGUUCAGCAACAUCACCUGACAUCAUGCUGCGUUCAGGAACCACCCACACCUCUCAUUUACCAGUUUCCCCUGACCGACGGAUUCAGAGAGAAGAGAGCUGUGACCUGCAUCCAACAUGAAGCUGCUGCUGACGCUGAGUCUCACCUGCACUCUGCUGAACACAGCUGAGUCGCUGCGCUGCCACGUGUGUGACAACCAGGACUGCUCCAACUCCACCUCGGUCACGUGUCCCAUCUUCUCUGUGUGCAGAACCAUCACCUCACUGAGGAGGGUGGACAGAUUCACGAGUGUGACGGUGAAUAAGAACUGCUCCGCCAUACUGUCCUGCAUCACUCCUCUGAACACCAAGACCGAGUGGUCCGUGAACCAGGGGUUUGCAAAAGAAGGUCACCGUCAGCUGUGCUGCAUAACAGACAACUGCAACUUCCAGACGCUGGCCAUUCCUAACAGUCUGACGAACGAGAAGCAGUGUCCCGGGUGUGCGAGCAUCGCUGAGAGUCUGAACGGGACCUGCAACGCCACGGCGUCCUGUGAGGGAGUGGAGGACCGCUGCUUCACUGGCACCACGACGGUGGACUCCACACAGUUUGCUCUUCAGGGCUGUAUGUCCAACAACCUCUGCAGGAUCCAGGCCCUCAUCGGGGCUCUGCUGGGUGGAAAUGUCCAGAUCACCUGUGGAGCUCCCUGCAGCGUCCGGAUGAGCGCCGUGCUGCUGACCUUUGCUGUCACCGCUCAUAAAGUCCUGCUUUAGAUUACACAUAUGUUUACAUGUACGUCUGAAUCAACACACACAGACCGGGGAUGUUUAGGAUCAUGCACAUGGUUGCAAAAUCAAAAAGGUUUUCAUUGGAACGGUUUGGGAAAUACAGAUAAAUACUGAAAACAAAUAGAGGCGUGCAAAACUGAAGAAAGAGUCUCCAAAACACACAAACACAGAAACAUGGACAAUAACAAGUACAAAAUCCUGCUGAUGUCUGACCCUGCACUGUCCUUCAUCCACUCAGAGUCAGAGUCAGAGUCAGAGUCAGAGUCAGAGUAAGAGUCAGAGUCAGAGUCAGAGUCAGAGUCAGAGUCAGAGUCAGAGUCAGAGUCAGAGUCAGAGCUGCUGUAACUCCUCUAGUUACUGACAUGUUAACUCCCUGGUGUCAAACUCCAAAGCUUCACUUAUCCUGUUUACAAAUCUGCAUCAUGAUGAUAUUUCUGCAAACUAAAGACACAUUUAAUGCAAAUAAAUCACAAUAAAACUGAUUCCUUUUUCUGGUUUA